AUGAAUCCCGAAAUGGAGGAUAUCCAUAAUAACGUUAGCCCGAGUCUUCAUAAAGGAUUGAAAUAUUAUGACAUGGGAAAUGAAGGAUUGGAGGGAGAGUUGAUUGAAGGGCGGCCACAAAUCCCUAACUUCAAAGCAUUCAAGCUGGAUACCUCUGAAGCCAAGGAUAAAGAAGGUCGUCUCGCCAAAAUCGAAUUAUGGGAGGAAAAUAUGAAGAGGAAUAAAGCACGGAAGCAGCUCAAUGGAAGCGUGGAAGGAGCGGCAUGUACACGAAAGGUUCAAGCAGAAUUGCCUCUUAUUUCUUCCACACCUUCGCCGUCGCCCCAAGACUCAAUAAUGUAUAAUACUCGGCAGGAAUCCGUGAGCUCGGAGAUGAGUGGUUGGACAGAAGAAGAAAGAGAACAGGCUAUCCAUAAUGGGAUGUAUGGGGACGCGUAUGGAGAUAUAUAUGGCGAUGUUUAUUGGGAUGCGAAUGUGGAUCUACACGAAGAGAAUCCCGUUUCAGAAAGUCUCUCGCGUACAAGACGAAAAAAAUCGAAUCGAAGUAAACAAAGGAAGAAGGCUGCAGAACUUCAAGCUUCCCUACAAGCCUAUGGAUUACUUCCUGUUCCUCUUCCUCCGCAACCUUUACAGGAGCAAUCUGAUCGAACGGGAGUAAGAGAGCAGGAAGUGGGGAGGCAGAUGGCUAUGGAGCGAUCUAAUUCUGGAGGGCUUACUCUACAGCACGAUCGUCUGAAACAAAUCGCUGAUCUACGUGAGAGAAUAAGGGCGCGCAAAGCUUUGGUGCAAGCACAGGGUCUUCUCCCUGUGUCCCCUUCUCGGCAAAAUGUGCAAGAGGGCUCCAUUCGAACCUUCCCGGACUCUAACACUAUAACUAAUGUCUCUGAAUCUCAUGACAAUCAGGUCAAUGAGAGACAGCUGAAACCUCUCGAGAUGGUGGAUAUCGAGAAUCUUAGGGUUGGAGCUAACCCGCAGAAGAAGGGUUCAAGUCAGCAUAACACCAAGAGCCCAAAAACAUAUCAGGUCAGGUUACAAGAGCAGAGGAAUAAAAUGCGAGCAAAGACACAAAAGAGUGCAUUGGAUCGACAGAAAUCGUAUGGGAUUGCAGCUACCCCUGCUCAGCCUACGCAAAACGAUUCCAUGAUUGUUUGUAGAAGUCAUGAAAACGAUGCUGUGACUACGCUUCAGCAGGACAAAGAUACUAAAGUGAAAAACGAGGUAGAACCGAGUACUUCAAUAACAGAUGAAAUUAGAGUGUUAAUACAGAGGGUGAAGGACCGAAGAAAAAGUCUAUCAGCACUAAAUAACUUUGAGUUGACGGGAAAGAUGAAAGAAGAACAGGAACAAGGGCUUUCGGCUCCGGAACACAUUGGAUUAUCGAUAGAGAGUACCAUUCCGAUGAGUGUGCCCGCCAAGAUGUGCGAUGUCGCGGAGAAGAUGAAUUCGGAUAUAGUGCCAAGAAAAGCUGCGUUUUCAGAGGAAAGUUCAUCAUUGCACGCACAUUCUGCUCCUCAGACGCCGUGGCAGGAAAAUUCUUCUAUAUUCAGUAAUGCAAGGCGAGAGGUGUCACAACUUGAGUGUGAGCAAGGGCAUCACACGAAAGGGGCGGAAGACGGGGAACCACUUCCAAUACUAAUGGAUAAUGGAUUCCUGCCGGAGAACGUGAAUAUGGAAAUCGAUCUUGUUAUUGAACAUAGAGACGAGGAGGACGUUGCAAAACUAUUUUCAAUACCUCAAAAUAUUGGAGAUAUGCUAGACAACGCGAGGCGGCGCGGCACAAAGAUUGGAGAAGCAAUCUCUAUUCCGGAAAUGCUAUCACACCUUUUAUUUAUGCCGGAAGUCCUCGAAGAAAUGAUAAAAAUGGAAAAGGAAUGGUUGGGAUGGCUAGGAGUAGAUACUGAUGUUGAUGCCGACGUUGAAGAUUUCAUCAACUCAACGACACCCUCAUCCAAUACCACUAUCGAGCACCGACCAGAUUCAGAAGAGACCAGGCCGAGAGCCACCCCCGAUAUCUCAGCAGAGCUAUUCAGUAUAUCAGAAGAUAUCGAAGAUAUGAUAAGCACAGAAAAUAAGUGGUUUGGCUGGCUGGGAAUGGAUGUUGAUGUUGAAGAUUUCGCGGGCUAUCAUGAGCUACAAUAG